CAAUAUGCAACACGCUGUUGUCAUUGUACUUUUGACAGGUUAAUAACCAAUAGGUACUUAUUGGUUCGUGAGUAAAUAAAGUGUGUUACAACUUGAAUUUCAGGUCAAAGUCUUAAGAUUAAGGAAUACUGACUGUUAUAUUUUGGAAUAUCUUGUUCAUUCAAUUCUGAAUUCUGAUAUUUUUGUACUGAAAUCAAAAUGUUCCCUGAAUAAAAAAUAAAAAGUAGUUUAGUGUUCUGAAGAUACCAACGCAGUUAUUAUGUCUUAUUCUACUUUAAAAAAAGCUCUACAGUUAUUCGAGGAACAACCACUUUUAAAUCAAAAAACGACACAAAAAAAAUCUGCCACCAAAUCCAGUCGCUUAAAUAAAUCUAAAAGUAAAUCACAGCGUGCCAAAAGUGUAUUUAAAGUACCAAAUUUUAUGAAAUCUGAUGCUGGAAAAUCUGUUCUCAAAAUAAAAGAACAAAUAAAAAAUGAAAAGGAAUUGAAUUUGGUGCAGUUAAAUUUAGAACGAUUACAUAAAUUAGAUAGGACUAGUUGUGUAAAUAACAUUGCAUCUAACUUGAUCAAGCAACGUUUAGUCAAUUUGUCAUCUGAAAUACCAAAUUCCAAAAAAGAAGAAAGUACUGUAUUUACCGAUGAAGAUUUUGAGAAAUUUGAGCGUGAAUAUUUUCAAGACUAAUGGAUGAUUUUAUACUAGGAAAAGUUAUCAUAAUCAUAGUGCUAACUAUAUUUGCUUACUUUACUUGUUGGCUAUUCAUACCACCAUUCGCUGAUUCAGAAUCAUUUAUUUAUCAAUUAUUUCCCUCUAUUUAUAAUGCACUAGUAAUGCCAAUUUCAAUUGGUGUGUUUUUUAUAAUUAGUCUUAUAAUCUAUACUUGUGUUGCUAUAAAUAAUUAAAAUAUGGCUAAACAAUUAGUUAUUGUAAUCGCAGGAGUCACAUGUGGGGGCAAAACUACUAUUGCCAACCGUCUAACUAACACAUUUAAUGAUAUUUCAAUAUUACAUCAAGAUGAUUUUUACUAUACUAAAUAUGAAGAUCAUUUGGAAAGUAUUCCAGAACUUAAUUACCAUGCUUGGGAUAAAAUAAGUGCCUAUGAUAUGAAUAAAAUGAUGACUGCAAUUGAUUCUCAAACUUCUAACAUUUUAGUGCUUGAAGGAAUUCUUUUACUUGAUGAUAUUAGAAUUUUAAAUUUAGCAGAUUUAAUGUUUUUUACUGUUUUGGAUAAACAAAUUUGUUGGGAUAGACGUGUAGCUAGAACAUAUUUGCCUCCUGAACCACCAGGGUAUUUUGAGAAGUAUGCAUGGCCCGAGUAUGAAAGACAUUUAGAAAUGAUAAAAAAAAAAAAAACUGAUGUUAUAUUUUUAAAUGGUUCUGACAGCAUUGAUUUUAAUACGUCUGUUGUUGUUAAUCACAUUAAACAAUUAGUAUUAAAUUUAAAAUAAUAGUAUAAUAGUUGAUAUGUAUUUGUUUAUCAGAUUUUUUCAGUUUGUACUUCAUAUUAUUAUAGUUAAAAUGUAAUAUUUAUUUUUAAUCAUACAUUGUUUAAAAACUUGGAAUGUUCAAAAAUAAUACAUCGGACAAUAUUUAUACUCUUAAGAAUUAUUUUAAUUUCAUAAUCAUAAUUUGUUAAAUAGACAAUUAUAAUAUUUAUAUUCAAUAAAUCAUUAAUGUAAUAAAUAUACUUAAAUUUGGUAAAUCAUAAAUGUUCAAAGGCUAUUUAUAAUUUAAAA